AUGUCAUCCAGCAACAUCAUAAUGGGCGGCUGUGAAUGCGGCCGAGUUCGCUACACGAUUCAAGGUAGCCCAAUAAAUACGACGUGGUGCUACUGCAAGCAAUGCCAGCGAGUAUCAGGAACACCCUUUAUUCCUUUCACCGGCUUCAACAAGUCAGACAUAACCUGGUCUGAGCAACCAGAUGUCUUCAGCUCGAGUGAUAUUGCAGAGCGAUUCCAUUGCAAAAAUUGUGGUUCGACACUUGGUAUGUGGUAUACCUUUCGAGAUGGCAAAGUUGGCAUUGCAUCAGCUACGUUAGAUCAGGACUACGGGGUCUCGCUCGCUCCUUCAAAGCAUAUCUUUCUCAAGGAUAGACCAACGUGGUUCCAGGUGCCUGAUGAUGGUGCAAAGCGCUAUGAUGAACACGAAGCCGACUUCGGGCGCCAAAUCCGCGAGUGGCGGGAUGCGCAGGGCAAAUAG